AGAGACCCGUUCCGUGUCUGCUCCAUUGAAACCAGAGCGCACCAUCACUCCUGCGCCGCACACAUCACUGCACCCCGAGGCCGAGGGCGCGGGCGCCACCGCUCGCCGACCAGCCCGAGCAGUUCGCCGACCCCGCCUCUCUUCUCACGGCUGCACAUGCAGCCGCGGCCCCUGGCGGCGGUGGCGGUGGCCGCCACCGCGCCAUUCCCGCCGUCAUGGGCGCACCAGGUCCGCGCGGCGGCGACCCAGGGGGACUUCCACCACGCCAUCGCCCUCUUCCUCCGGAUGCGCGCCGCCGCCGCGCCCCGCUCCGCCGUCCCGGCCUCCCUCCCGGCCGCGCUCAAGUGCUGCUCCGCCCUCGGCCUCCCCGCCCUCGGCGCGUCCCUCCACGCACUCGCGCUCCGCUCCGGCGCCUUCGCCGACCGCUUCACCGCCAACGCGCUCCUCAACCUCUACUGCAAGCUCCCUGCGGCGCUGUGCCGCUCUCCCGGGGCGGAAGACGCGGCAGGGGAGUCGUUAGAGAACAUGCGGAAGGUGUUCGACGAAAUGCCGGAGAAGGACCCUGUGUCCUGGAACACGCUGGUGUUCGGGUAUGCGGAGAAGGGGAGGCACCAAGAAGCUCUGGGAGUGCUCAGGGAGAUGUGGGUAGAUGGGUGCAAGCCCAACUCAUUUACCUUGUCGAGUGUGCUGCCGAUCUUCGCCAAGUGCUCCGACGUCAGGAGGGGAAUGGAAGUGCAUGGCUUUGCAACCAGGAACGGUUUUGUUGAUGACGUGUUCGUUGGCAGCAGCUUGAUCGAUAUGUACGCCAAUUGCACUCGAACGGAUUACUCGGUCAAGGUGUUCGACAAUCUCCCAUGCCGCGAUGCAAUCCUGUGGAACUCAAUGCUUGCCGGGUGUGCACAGAAUGGGUCUGUGGAGGAGGCUCUUCGAAUAUUUCGCCGGAUGCUGCAUUCCGGUAUUAGACCUCUGCCUCGUACUUUCUCGAGCCUCAUACCUGCCUGUGGAAAUGUUGCUUCGUUGCUUCUCGGCAAGCAGCUGCAUGCGUAUGUGAUCUUUGGAGGGUUUGACGGUAAUAUGUUUAUAUCUAGCUCACUGAUUGACAUGUAUUGCAAAUGUGGAAAUGUGAGCAUAGCUCGUCACAUCUUUGAUCGAAUGCAGUCACCUGAUACUGUAUCCUGGACUGCGAUGAUCAUGGGACAUGCAUUACAUGGUCCAGCAAGAGAGGCUCUGUUGUUGUUUGACAGGAUGGAGUUGGGAAAUGUGAAACCUAAUCAUAUCACAUUUCUAGCCGUUUUAACUGCGUGCAGUCAUGCUGGAUUGGUGGAUGAGGGCCGGAAGUAUUUCAACAGAAUGUCGGACCAUUACGGCAUUGUUCCCUCUCUUGAGCAUUAUGGAGCACUUGCAGAUAUUCUUGGCCGUGCAGGGGAGUUGGAAGAAGCCUACAAUUUCAUCUCUAAGAUGCAAAUAAAACCAACCGCAAGUGUCUGGUGCACGUUGUUGAGGGCUUGCAAGGUCCACAAAAACACCGUGUUAGCUGAAAAAGUUGCCAAGAAAAUCUUUGAGCUUGAACCUAGGAGCAUGGGCUCUCAUGUAAUUUUAUCAAACACGUAUUCCUGUUCCGGGAGAUGGAAUGAAGCAGCACACCUGCGGCGAUCUAUGAGAAAGAAGGGCAUGAAGAAGGAACCAGCUUGCAGUUGGAUUGAAUUGAAGAACAAAAGGCAUGUUUUUGUAGCUCAUGAUAAGUCUCAUCCUUGGUAUGAAAGGAUUAUUGAUGCACUUAAUGUUUUCUCAGAGCAGAUGGCACGUCAAGGUUACGUUCCCAAUACAGAGGAUGUUUUCCAGGAUCUUGAAGAAGAGCAGAAGAGUGGUGUGUUAUGUGGUCACAGUGAAAAACUUGCUAUGGUAUUUGGUAUUUUAAAUACACCUCCUGGAACAACAGUUCGUGUGAUGAAAAAUCUUCGAAUUUGUGUUGACUGCCACACGGUAACAAAAUUUCUUUCAAAGAUAGCUGAGAGAGAGAUUGUUAUGCGUGAUGCAAACCGUUUCCACCAUUUUAAGGAUGGAAACUGUUCUUGCGGUGACUUUUGGUGAUUGAACAACAGUUGGGGAUCAACGUUAUGUUCAUGACAUGAUUUCCUAUUGGAAAUGCACCUGUACUGAGUAUAUCUUUUUAAGGAUGGGGUUAUUUCUGACAUUUUUGUGAAGUGUCAGGGGUAAAACAAAGUGUGCUCAUAAUCACUAGAAAUGGAUCAUGUUGUUCUUUGCAUAUGGAACCAGUCUUUACUGUUGAAGAGUAAUGCAAGACUACAUCACUAGUCUUUCUAAGUUUCUAGCAUUCAAAUGCCAAACUAUAGCCACCUGAACAUCAGCAGUUCAUCACUGUAUCUCUUGUCUGUUUUGACGUAUUCAGGUAUACUGGUCUUCAAAAACAUACACUUCACUAUAGUUGAUAUGAUGAUAUUGUUAAGCUGCUACUUUAUCAUCUGAUAUGAUUCAAUUGAUUGAAUGUGUUGCCACAUUUCCAUGGUUGGAUAUUUCGUCAGAUUAUGCUUUUUAUGUUCUUUUAACCUACCAAUCAAGGCAUAUGUCAUUGAAAAGGAUGAUACUUUAGGAAAUGCUACUCAGAUUAGUGAAAUUGAUGAUUUGCGCCUUCUCAAAGAGAAAAGAAAUUGAUGAUUUGCCAACCAGUUUCUUCUCUGAUCUACAGAAUGUGAUUCUCGCAUUUCCUGGAGUGCUAUUUUUUGCCAAAUAGCAGGUAAACUAUGUUCCUCUUAUCCAAUCUGAGUUACCUACUUACCUUGCAUAAAAAAUAAUUUUGGGAGUAAUGUGGGCCUGAAGCAAGAUUAAUAACUAUGCAAACCUUUGUAUCCCCCUUGACAUUUGUAAGUACUAAAUGGUUCUGAUACCUAUUACCUCAUUUACAUUGUAUUGGAUGGAGCAUUGACUUGCAACCAUGUCAAACGACCGAGUGAUUAUCCUGGAACAAAUUUUGCAGAAUACAAUGUCUUGUAUGCUUUUUACUACUGCUUGGAACCUUGCUUCAGCAACUCAUUUUUCCUGGCAAUAGGUUGUUGCCGUCGUUACAUAUUCAUCCUCCACUGUUUAUCACAAAUAUUUCUAACUAAUAAAUCAAUCUAUUUUCCUAACUAAUGCUGUUGCUAGUUCUUGCACUGACUUCUAUGUUCAAAGCAUCGAUAUCAGGUGUAGAAUCUUGUAUGAAGAUUUUGGCACCAGUCGAAUUAGAGACUAGUUGUACAGUCCUAGGAAAUGCUCCAAGUACAGAUCUUAUGCAGAUCAAACAAUAGAAAAUAUGACGGAACAGUUGCUUCAGAAGAUUCCAAAAGCCGGUCUCAAACGCUCCUGAAAACAUUUUCAAGCAUUCUUUAUGGUUGCAACGUGGAGAUUGAGAUGAACAACCAGUUUGAGGAGUUUACAGCAGACGAGAUCUCACGGGUGGUGUUCGGGAGUAACCAUAGAGAGGCAGAUGGAGUCCAUCUUGCGCAGGAGGUCCAGUUUCUUGCCUUCUCCAGUAUAUUCAACGUUUUUAGACAUGUCCCGGGAUUCAGAUGUCUUCCAACAAAAAACUACUUUGAGGCUCCAGAAGCUCCAGAAAGAGGUGAAGAGAGCAUCCUGGCCAAUAUUUUCCAAAGGAAAGCGAUAUUCAGGAUUUUAUUUAUCUGAGAAUGACGGGAAAAUUCCACCCGCUUGCUAUAUUACUCGACGGACCGGGCAGUCUUACAUACAUUUACCAGUAGAUUGAUACAUUUAAAUAUCACCAAAUCUAUCCUUUUAGGAUUACAUUUGGACAUUGCUUCCAUGAAAUCAUUUUCUUGUAGAGCACUGAAACUAUCCAAUUGUAUCUUGAGCUGAAGCACUAAAACGAAUCAAGCGUACACUCUUCCCUUUUC